UGUCCCAUGAAACAAAGAAAGAGGACGGCUGCACACUGCCACUUUUUAUGAGACAGUGGGCCUCUUUUCAGGCUGACUUCCUGGAUACUCGACUUCGCUCAUUCUUUGCUGUCCGGUGUUUCUCUCUUUGCUGCUCGUAGACCAACACUCGUUCAACCUACCAGCCGGUCUGCGCUCCAAUCGCUUGGUAUCGCUCGUUUGUUUUUUGCCAGUCGCUCUUGAUUUGAGACGAAGUAUAGCGAAGGGGAAUCACCGACAUGGCCGCCCUCGCCGUCCGAGCUGCGAGCGAUUCCUGUCCGACGCAUACCCAGUGGUAUGUGUGUGCGAAGGGAGGGUAUAGUGGAUGUUGCUCGGUUGAUCCAUGUACUUCGGGGGUUUGUGCGGAUGAUAGCAGCAGCAGCAGUCGCAGUGGCACCACAACCAGCAAGAUAUCCUCAACCUCAUCGAAGAGCACCGUUGUCGAAGUCAAGACCAAGACCACCUCGACCUCAACAUCAUCCCGCUCGACCACAUCUACCACCACCACAAUCCCAACGGCUACGCGCCCUACUGCUACAGCCAAUACAGCAACAACCUCAACCCCAAACCCAACCACCACACCUACACCCACACCCACAGCAACCGCACACCACAAACCCAACCGAAUCAACCAAGCCCUCAUCGCCGGCGUCGUGGGCGGCAUCCUCGCCCUCCUCAUUCUCGCCGCCUUGGUGCUGUACUCGAUCUACCGGGCCAAAAAACGCCGGCGCGGCCAGUUCCGGCUCCUGCACUGGCGCCACCCUGGGACUUUGGGGUCGGUAUCGACGUCGAAGGAAGAGCGGCUGAUCGGGGGUGAGGAGAGUGGGACGGAGAUGGUGGAGACGAAGGGUUCGCUUCUCUUUCCCCCGUCUUUCUUGAGACUGAAGACUCGGAUGGAGAGAGAAAGUAGCUAAUUCGGCACAGACUCGCACCUACACGCGCAGGCGCAAGCACGGCCGCCUGAUAUUACGAUAACAGUGCCAGCGCCAGCACCUGCAACACUAGCACCUGCACCUGCACUACCACCUGUACUACCACCUGCAACCCUAAAAACCCCACCCCCAAACCGC